UAUUGUCGUGUUCUACAUGUGAACCGGUCCGCUGAGCCAAUAUUGCAGCAAUUCUACGUGUGACAAUAGAUUUGAGGUUAUGAUAAAAUCGUAUUUCCUUGAUUCUUGACAAUUUCUUUUGGCAGGAUUGAUAUUUCAUUUUUAGUUUUGUCACGAUGAAAGGCGAGAAUCUUGUCGGGUUUCCCGACAUGAACGAGGUUAGCGAUAACGAUGAUAACGCGAUCGCCAAUAUCAAGAAGCCGAAGACUUCGAAGAAAUCUGGAGGAUUUCAGUCUAUGGCUCUGAGUUUUCCAGUGCUGAAAGGAAUCCUCAAAAAAGGAUACAAGAUACCAACACCUAUACAACGAAAAACUAUACCGUUAGCUCUUGAGGGAAGAGAUGUGGUAGCAAUGGCUAGAACAGGGAGUGGAAAGACUGCUUGCUUUCUGAUCCCUCUGUUUGAAAAACUCAAAGCAAGACAAAUGGCGGCUGGUGCGCGCGCUUUGAUACUCUCACCUACGCGUGAAUUGGCGUUGCAAACGUUGAAGUUCAUAAGGGAGUUGGGGCGAUUCACAGGAUUGAAAGCUGCAGUGGUACUAGGUGGUGACAGCAUGGACAAUCAGUUCAGUGUGAUUCACGGAAAUCCUGAUAUCAUUGUAGCUACUCCAGGUAGAUUUUUGCACAUAUGUGUGGAAAUGGAUUUGCAACUGACGAAUGUGGAAUAUGUCGUCUUCGACGAAGCUGACAGAUUGUUCGAGAUGGGCUUUGGAGAACAGAUACAGGAGAUUGUGAACAGAUUACCGGAAUCACGUCAAACGUUGUUAAUCUCCGCCACUCUGCCAAAAAUCUUGGUAGACUUUGCAAAAGCUGGUCUGAGCGAUCCAGUUUUGAUUCGAUUGGACGUUGAGAGUAAAUUACCCGAGGGAUUGACAUUGUCGUUCAUCACAUGUCGUCCUGAGGAAAAAUUGGCGGUACUUUUGUGCUUACUGAAGAGAAUUAUCAAACCUGAGGCGCAAGUAAUUAUAUUCGCCGAGACUAUGCAUCAUGUGGAGUAUAUUCAUCAAAUAUUGGAUAAGGCAGAUAUCUCGAAUACUUUUAUCUACUCGAAUUUGGAUCCCGCAGCGCGCAAAAUAAAUGCCGCCAAGUUUCAAAACGGCAAAGCAAGAGUUCUCAUAGUGACAGACAUUGCCGCCAGAGGAAUAGACAUACCGCACUUGGACUGCGUGAUCAACUUCAACUUUCCCGCAAAAUCUAAACUCUUCGUACACAGAGUGGGACGAUGCGCUCGAGCUGGACGCACCGGAACUGCGUACAACAUCGUAAGCUCGGAUGAAUAUCCGUAUCUUCUGGAUUUACAUCUCUUCCUCGGCAGACCGUUGAAGGUAGUGCCGAGUGCCGGUUCCAGUGAAAACAUGGAAUCCGCUAUCGGCAAGAUGCCGCAGUCCAUGAUAGAAGAGGAAAUAACGGAGCUGAUAAAUUGGCACAACACCUCUACGGAUCUCACAAAUAUGCGAAAAGUGUGCGACAACGCUUACCAAAAGUACAUCAAAUCGCGACCAGGCGCUUCUGUGGAGAGCGUCAAAAGAAUCAAAGAGUUUAACAUACACGACGCUGGAGUUCUUCCGGAAUAUUCCGAGGUUUCCGAUACGGCUGAAGAUGUCAUAGCGAAGAUGAAAAAUUACAGGCCGCAGGGAACGAUAUUUGAGAUCGGCACAAAAACACACUCAGUGGAUUAUCAGAUGAUGAAAGAGAAACGAAAGUUUCACAGAGACAUUAUUCGCGACUUCCACAGGAAGGUACAAGAACGUAAGGUUGAAAGCAGUGCGUCGUCAGAAUCGUCGAAACGAACAGUUGAUCUGCCAACCAGCAACGCGGAAGAGAUCAACGCUGCAUUCAGCACGGUAGUGCUUCCAAAAAAGAGAAAAAGUGAUGAUUUAUAUAAACUUUCCAAGAAAAAACAACGUCAGACAAAGCGGGACGAGGAAUAUUACAUACCUUAUUCCGCACCAGACAAACACACAGAAGAUGGAUUGGCGGUUAACACAUUCGCAACAGAAGCCGAAAGGGCGCAGCUGGAUUUGACAGCAGACAACGAAGAGGAGCAGAAACUUCAAAUGCAAAUAAAAAAAUGGGAUCGAAAAAAGAAGAAGAUGAUUACCGUCAACAAUGAACCGAAGAUGAAAAAAAUACGUACCGAAUCAGGCGUGUGGAUACCCGCUACGUACAAAACAAAUCGUUACAACACGUGGAAGGAAAAAAAUAAGAUCAAUGAGGAUAACGAGGACGAUAGCGAAGAGGAGUCGCCACAGAUGCAAGCUUUGCGAACUACGGCGAAUACACGCUGGGCGCGUCACAAUCAGAAACUAAAGGAAAAGCUCAGAGCGAAGAACGAGCUCAAGAGACCGGAACAAAUUUUGAAAGCGCGCAAGCUGCUCGAAAAGAGACGUCAGAAACAUGACAGGAAACGUGGUCAGAAGAAUCAGAAGAGCGGCAAAAGGAAACAUUAGAAUUAUCGGGUAUAUAAUGUUAUUAUAAUUUGUAAUAAUAAAAAUGUUCAAGACGAUCCUCUUUCUGGAAAGGAGAAAGUAU